AUGGAACUUUUCGGGAGUACAUUUGACGACUCCAUGUUUGUGGAGACGAAGGACCGUGAGUGCGUGAUUCUAGAGUCGUACAAAGCCAAAGUCUGCGAGCCCCAGUGGUUUCGUGAAGAUGCUGCUCUCGAUACUGACGAUUCUUUGGAGAGGCAGAAAGUAAUGAAAUUCAGAGGAGACUUGGCGGUGAGAAAGGGAGAGCAUCAGAAAGCUCUUGAGGCAUACAGUGCUUGUCUUUCAUGGAUCUCUGAUAACAAUUUGAACAUCAGGAGAGAUGUGUUGGAGGGAAUGGCUCGAUGCUGCAUCAAAAUGGGACAGAAAGAAAAGGCACUGGAGUUUGUGAAUUUAUUGAGUAAAGAAGUUUCCAACACUUGUCAUCUGACAAGUCUCCUUUUACUCAAGGUCAGUUUGUACCAUCAUGAAGAUGUAGGAUCCAAGAUAUCUUGUCUGCAGAAGCUGUGCAGCUUGUUACCUUUUAACCCUUGGCAUUGGCUUGAGUUGGGUCACACUUGCCAACAGUUUCUCAGAAGUAGCAACAUUACAGAAUCCCCAAAAUGUCAUGUCAAAGUUCAAAAUAAUGAAGAUGUUGUCGAUCUUGAUGAAGACACAAUUUGGCUCAAAGCUUGUGCCUGUUUCAUUAGGUCCAGACUUUUGCUGAGAAUCCUCCAACAACAACAGUCCUCGUUUGUGCUAAAAUGCAAUGAAAGAGCCCUGGACGAGAUCCAUCAGGUGCUCCAGACGCUAAAUCCCACAGAAACGACCUUAAAGAUCUUGACAGAGGUAAUGUCAGAAGAUCUUAUUCCAGAGAAGAUGAAGGAGGAUUAUCAGGAUGGGGAAAGUUUGGCCACUGUGUGUGUCCAGAGCUUCAGAGAGCGCUGGUGGGACAGAGUGAUUCAGACAAACUUAUGA